AUGAGUGAAUUACCAGAGUAUAUGAAAGCCAUUGUGUACUAUGCACCUUAUGACGUUAGAACCGAAUCAAGAAAAACCCCAACCAUAAUAGAUCCAUCGGAUGUUAUCCUUAAAGUGAAAUAUUCAGGAUUAUGUGGAAGUGAUUUACAUAGUUAUAGAGGGCAUAUCAAAGGACCUGUUGAUACUAUCAUUGGUCAUGAAUUCUUAGGUACUGUUGUUGCUAAGGGAUCUGAAAUUCUCGAUUCAGAGUUUAAAAUCGGAGAAGAUGUUUUAAGUACAUUUACGAUUCAAUGUGGGGUAUGUUGGUAUUGUAAACAUGGAUAUUCGGGUCAAUGUGUUAAAACCAAUACAUUUGGGAAAAUCGGAUUAGAUGGUGGUCAAGCUGAAUAUGUUAGAGUUCCAUAUGCCAAAUCUACCUUGAUUAAAAAACCAACCUCGAAAGAUGAUACUGUUGAUGAUUCCGUUUAUGUAUUAAUGGCUGAUAUAUUUAUCACGGGUUAUUAUGGAGUGAAAAAGAUUCUUAAUAAUUUGAAAAAUGAAUCAUCUCAAAGUGCAGUGAAACAAGAUAUCUCUGAUAUUACUAUACUACAAUUAGGUCUUGGUCCAGUAGGUUUAUGUGCUUUAAGAGUAUUGAAACAUUUUGGAUUUAAAAAAAUUGUAUGUAUUGAUAAUGUUCCUUCAAGAUUACAAGAAGCCAAAGCACUUGGAGCAUACCAAACAAUCAAUUUCGAGACUGAUGGUGAUGCUAUCAAGAAAUUCAUUGAAUCCGAAACCGAUGGAGUUGGAUUUGAUGCAAUUUUAGAAGUGGUUGGUUCAUCAGCUGCAUUAAAGACUGCUUAUGAUUCUGUUCGUAGAAAUGGAUUUAUUUCUUCAUUAGGAAUGGCGCAUGGACCAUUACCAUUUGAUGGACUUGAAUGUUAUUUAAAAAAUAUAAAUAUUUCGUUUGGAAGAUGUCAUGCUUGGUCAUUAUUUCCAGAAGCUCUUGAACUCUUUGAAGUUAUGAAAGGAGAUUUCAAACAUUUUAUUGAUCAUAAAACUGGAUUGGAUCAAAGUAAAGAGGCUUUUGAAUUAUUUGAUACUCAUAAAGUUAAUAAAGUAGUGUUUGAUUUAACAUAA